GGGAGAGCUGACGGCCGCCGCGGCGGAGAUGAGCGCGCAGCAGGCGGUGAGUGCGGUGGCGAACGCUCUGGAAAAGCUGGUGGAGCGGAACGAUAUUGUAGCGGCGGCGACGGCGGCGGCGGAGGAGGGCGGCGGAAAAGAAGGGGGAGUGGCGGCGUUCAGAGGGCUGAGGCGGCCGGGAAUAAGCAUAGAGAAGUAUAUGGAGAGAAUCCAUAGCUACGCCCUUUGCAGCCCGGCUUGCUUUGUGGUUGGGUUCGUCUACGUCGACCGGGCGGUCCACCGCCGGCCGGACUUCCUCGUCGGUUCGCUUAAUGUCCAUCGGCUUAUGCUCACCAGUGUACUGGUCGCCUCCAAGUUCUUCGAUGUCAUGGCACAAAGCAAUGCAUUCUAUGCUAAGGUCGGAGGCGUGAGUAAUGCGGAGCUGAAUAAUCUGGAACUGGAGCUGCUCUUUUUAUUGGAUUUCAAUGUCAAUGUGAGCUUGCAGGAGUUCGGAAGUUAUGUCUCUUAUUUGGAGAGGGAGAUGUUGGCAAAGCUGGAAGGCUCAAGGCAGAUCCACUCUUAUGUAUAAAUAUAUGUUGGCCUGAAUCAUACCAACUGUUAGAGCUAUUAAUUCCUCUGCCGUUGCCUGAAAUGUUUCAGUAUUGAAAACAAUAAUAAAUUGUUUUUGGGGCAUUUACA